AUGGCCAAGCUCCUUCUUGUCACGGGUUUGGCCAUUGUGCUGAAUGCUCAGUUGGGUUUUACCUACCAGCUGAUGUGCUAUUAUACCAGAUGGGCAAAGGAACGUCCGGACGUGGGGAGUUUCAAACCUGGUAACAUUGACCCUUUCUUAUGUACUCACCUUAUCUAUGCAUAUGCUGGGAUGCAGAACAAUGAGAUCACCAUGAUAAGUCAGGAGGACUCAAAGGAGUAUGAAGAAUUAAAUAAUCUGAAAACCAGAAACACAGAGCUGAAAACUCUCCUGGCUAUUGGAGGCUGGAACUUUGGAUCUGCCCCGUUCAGUGUCAUGGUAUCUACUUUUAAGAACCGUGAGACAUUCAUUAAGUCAGUCGUCAAAUUUCUGCGUGACCAUAACUUCGAUGGGCUGAAUCUGGACUGGCAGUAUCCUGGUUCUCGUGGCAGCCCUCCUAAGGACAAGUAUCUCUUCACUGUCUUAGUGAAGGAAAUUCGUGAAGCAUUUGAGAAAGAAUCUUUAAAGGAACAAAGGACAAGGCUGCUAAUCACUGCCACAGUGUCUGGUAUCAUCUCAAUCACUGAGUCUGGCUAUAAAAUCCCAGAACUGUCACAGUCCCUUGAUUAUAUUCAGGUUAUGACAUAUAGUCUUCAUAGCUCUAAUGAUGGCUAUUCUGGAGAAAACAGUCCCCUUUUCAGUUCUCCAUUUGAUCAUGGCAUUAGCACCUACCUCAGUGUGGAUUAUAUCAUGUCCUACUGGAAGAACAAUGGUUGUGCUCCUGAGAAGCUUAUUGUUGGAUUCCCAACAUAUGGACAAACCUUCACCUUGAGGGACCCCACUGAUAAUGGAAUUGGUGUCCUUACCAGUAGUGCUGGACCAGCAGGGAGGUACACAAAAGAAGCAGGAAUUUGGGCCUACUAUGAGAUUUGCAGCUUCCUGAAGGAGGGAGCCACUGAGAAAUGGAAUGCCAAUCAGGAAGUGCCCUAUGCUUUUAAGAACCUAGAUUGGGUUGGCUAUGAUAAUGUCCAGAGCUUCAAGAAGAAGGCUCAGUGGCUCAAGGAGAACAAUUUUGGAGGUGCUAUGGUCUGGGCCCUGGAUAUGGAUGACUUCACUGGUACUUUCUGUAACCAAAACAAUGCCAAGUUUCCUUUGAUCACGGUCUUAAAAAAUGUUUUCCAAGAGAUUGUAGCAAAAAUACAUUUUUGUUUCAAUCCGGGCCUGCAUCAGAUUGUCCAUAACGGCCUGUGA